GAGGGACGUACCCACCCUGCUUUUUCUAAAGAACCGUAGUCUCAGACGAAGGGUCACCCAGUUAUCUUGCGGUCCUGCCAUGCAUCUUACAUCCUCCACCCAUCUCAAUUGACUGUUCGUUUGAGCAAUUGAGCUUUUUGUCAUGUCGUUCAUCGCGAAGCACGUCCGUGCCGCGUACAGCGACAAGCAGACGCAUGUCGUGAUUUUCUCGGCAACGGCCAUCGCGCUGUAUGGCUACGACCAAGGAAUGAUGUCUUUGAUAAACACGAAUCACAAUUACCUGGCCACGAUGGGAAUUGGCAAAGAAUCGUCAAUCGUUGGUGUCAUCGUUGCAAUUUACUACCUGGGAUGCGCGGCGGGGGCUGUGCUCUUCUCGAAGCUGGCAGAUGUGUUUGGGCGGAAGAAGAGCAUUUUCUUCAGCUUGGCUUCGGCAAGUUUAGGAAACCUCAUCAUGUUCGUUGCGGGGUUCGGGUACUCGAAAGGAUCACUGGCGGUUAUGUUGAUAGGAAGAGUUAUCAUGGGCUUGGGCGUCGGCGGAAUCGACGCCGUGAUCCCAACCUACUCAUCUGAGCUUUCGGCGGACGACGCUCGCGGAAAAGCGCUGGCUCAGGAGUUCCAGUCGAACAUCUUCGGGCUCGUCAUGGCUUUCGGAAUCAACUUGGGAGUUACAAUCGCGCUUGGAAAAGAGAACCAAUGGGCUUGGAGAAUACCCAUCAUUGUGAUGCAGGUAUACCCCAUCCUGUUGAUGGCAUUUGUGGAAACUCUCCCAGAGUCCCCGCGAUGGUUUAUCUUCAACGAUCGAAUCGAUGAUGCGAAGGCUGCAUUGAGCGAUAUUUACGGCGAUGAGAGCGACAAGAAGUUUGAUGACUUGAUGGAACAACACGAGAAAGAGAAGGACGAGGUAGUAGGUUAUCUGGAUAUGGUCAACCCGUAUCACUCACAGUUUCACCCAACCAUGGUCACUGUCAUGUGUCAGAUCAACCAGGGACUGACAGGCUACGGAGCCGUCUCUGUCUACGGACCUCAGAUCUUCGGACUUCUCGGAUUCACCGUCCGCAUGUCCGAAUAUCUAACGCUCGGCAACUACACCUCGUAUUUUGUUUUGAUGACAUUCGCCUGGUUGCUCAUCGAUGCCCUCGGACGCCGCAAACUCCUCAUUCACGGUUCCGUUGUGCUAUCUAUAUCUUUCCUUCUUCUCGCCCUCUUCGGUGGCUUGUCUGAAAACAUCUCCACCCUCGACAUUCCCGAAAUCAUCCCUGGUCUCCUCGGCACAGUUGUUCUCUUCAUUGCAACUGGCGCCUUUGGUAUCGGUUGGCUCGCCACCGUCUGGCUCAUUCCCACCGAAAUCUUUCCGACGGUGUCUCGUGCUCAGGGUACAGCAAUCUCCGUCAUUGUGUGGGGAUUUGUGAACUUUGCCAUCACUUUCCUGACCCCGGUCAUGUUCAACAACUUAUCCUAUUUCAUCUUCCUGGUCUUUGCGGCUACGAAUGCGAUGGCAGGUGUAUGGACAUGGCUGUAUCUACCUGAGACGGGAGGGAGAAGUUUCGAUGAGAAUCAGCAAUUCUUCAAAGAGGCGGCUGAGGACGGGACGUGGCGGGUGAAGAAAGUAGCCAAGGGCGAGUGGUUGAAGUUGCUCUACCCUGAUCCAGAGGGCGAUGGCGAGAGUACUAUAGACGCAGAGAGAGUACCACUCCUGACGAGGGUAGGGGACCAAUUACCGGGCCUUGAGUAGAUGGAUAAAAUGCAAGGGGAUAGAGGUUCGUUGUUGUAUCACUAUCGGUAGAGAUCGUAUGUUGAUGAGAUGGAUGUUGAACUAGAUUAUCAUAGACAGCAUGAGACGUUGAGCGUGGAGGAAGACCAGAACCAUGGCGACCAUUUCUAAUGAACCGCAAUCGUAGACUUACAUGCCGUUCACUUUGCCCCAAUCCCACUUUGAAAAUGAGUCUGUCAGGGCGGAGUGAGUGACAGACCGACCGAGAAAGAGGUUCGACGAUAGCCCUCCAGAGCGAAUAGCACUUCAGGCAGAAGCGCCAUAAGAGUAACUAAAAGCCAAUAAAGAAU